UGAUGCAAUUUCAGCAAAGAAAUACAUGGAAGCUCUGCAUAGAGCAUGUAUGUUUUUCUAGCAGUAAUGGGCAAUAUGGUGAGUGAAAGGGGGCUUGUGGAGCUGCUUAGGGCUAUGGGAAUACUUACUCCACCCCUGCGUCCAAAAAGCAUUCAGGAUGUGAAGUGUACAGGACCAAGGCUCAGGUGCUCCUGGCCUGGUAGGGGAAAGCAUCCAUUGCUCUGCACUAGGCUCUGCCAAUUUAGUUUUCAGUGAGCUUUUUAGUUGCGUACCUGAAGCCUGGCCACGCUCCUGGUAUUGAGCCAAAUAAGAAUUCCCCAGCCCAGUGCCCCUGGAGGACAGGAGGCCAUGUGGUUGGUCUGACAGAUGACCCUUGUGGAGGGGAACCUAACCUGCCCUGUGUAGCUGGUGCUUGCUACCAUAGCUCCUGUAGCCUUCUGUGUGCAAAGCACCCGAAAUAAAAUGUCAGCAGGUUGCUCUGAAGACCUCCUCCUUUCUCCUCACCCAUGUUGUCUGCUUUAGUUAAACAUAACAUCACCCAGCCCCUACUGCUUUUCAGGAGAAAUUGGCAGAGUGUUGCAACCUUGAAGAGCCUUGUCUUGUCCCACUACCUGACAGGUCAUUUUCUCAAAAUCGUUGGAAGCUGAAGAUGGAUAUUAAGCAUGUGAAGGACUACAUCUACUGGCUGUACUACCAGUACCUGUUGAUAACCUGCAGCUAUGUGCUGGAGCCCUGGGAGCGGUCCAUGUUUCACACAAUCACCGUGACUGUUUUUGCUAUGGUGGUGUACACAGCUUACGUCUUCGUGCCUAUCCACAUCCGCUUGGCUUUUGAGUUCUUCUCCCAGCUAUUUGGAGGCCAGCCUGAAAGUACAGUUUCCAUCGUGAACUGAACUUGCCUGAGUAGUGAUUAGCAGCUCUUGCAACUUGUGAAAUGCAGUGUCUUCUUCAAUUUUGUGUAUUCUGAGGCAGUUUUGCAGUGAUGAAAAUAUUUUCUCUUAUAAAACAUGGCUUGCUUAAUUAAUAUAGCUGAAAAUCAGAAUACUGCACUACUGGCUGCACAGUCCAUAUUAAAAGAAACACAGGCCAGCUUUUGCUAUGUGAUAAUUAAACACAUUACCUGGAAUGCCAUGUUUACUUAAUAUUCAACCAGCUCCCACUUUCAGCAUCCUGAUUUGAUCACAGUGGCACAUACGAAACAGCAAAGACUGUUUAUAAUGGCUGUGAGGAGAGGUACUACACUCAUUAUACAUACAGAAGUUCUGCCAACAGAGUGCAGCGGCAAAACAUCCCACAUCUUCGUUGACCCAGGUUAGAGAAUACAAGGAGAUCAGUAUAAUAUAGCAUGAUUUCAGCACUAAUAUCUGGCUGGUUAUUGACUUCUGUUUCUAACGGAUGGGAGAAGAAAUCAGAACAGAGAUAGUAAUAGGAGUAUGAACUUGAAUCCAAUUUUUUGCAACUGAGUUGCUGCAUUGGAUGGAGCUUUGAGCAGCCUGGUCUAGUGAGUGUAAGGUGUCCCUGACCAUGGUAGGGGGGUUGGAACUACAUGAUCUUUAAGGUCCCUUCCAACCCAAACCAUUCUAGGAUUCUAUAAGAUAGCAGAAUAAACAUACUAUAGGUAAUGUUGCAAUUUACUGAAAUUGACAGAAAGAAACAGAAAUGGCUCUGAUUCAGUAAACUCCUGCCUUCUUUGAUAAAAAACUGAGACAUCUUUUCUUUCUGCUCCCAUUCACCAAGGCAAGCAAAGUUCAUGUUUAUGCCAGAGGAAGACAAUCCAGAAAACAGAGUGGAAGUAAUAUUUUAAUAACUGCAGGGAAGUCUGAGUGCUUAAAGAGUUCUCCUUUAUAAAGAAGAAAACAGAUUUCGUAUAAUUGCCUGUGCAGAGUUUCUUGAACAAUGGAAGGUUUAUUUGGUUUUCACUCUACACUUACAUCAAAUGUGAAAGCCAAAUCAGAAGUUUUAGCUAUACAGUGCAUGUAUCUAACAGCUAAUGCUACUGUUAUUAGAAGUGAGAGGUGAAAAAUGUAAAUAGCUUUCAAAUGAUGUUUGCACAGUUACAGGAUUAAAACAACCCUCCUAACUUCUUUAUCAAGCUGCAGUGGGGUCCUGCAUGCUUCAAAGAAUACAGUUUGUUGGGAAAGUAAGACAUGUUUUGAAGGUUGAACAGAUCCGAACAUGUGUAUGCAGUUUUUUCAGAAAAAAAAUAAAAUUUUAUUCUUCAGAAACAACAUUUCCAUGUAA